AUGGCCUUGCCCACUGCUUUCCUGGUGGUCCUGGUGGUGCUCAGCUGCAGGUCAGCGUGCUCCCUGGACUGUGACCUGCCUCAGAACUAUAGUUUGGGUAACAAGAGGACCAUGACACACCUGAGAGCCAUGAGAAGAAUCUCUACUACCUUCUGCUGGAAGGACACAAGUGACUUUGGAUUCCCGAAGGAUGUGGUUGAGGGCAACCAGUUCCAGAAGGAACAAGUCAUGUCUUUCAUCUAUGAAAUGACCCAGAAUAUCCUCAGUCUCUUCUGCACAGAGGACUCCUCAACUGCUUGGGAGAAGACUCUUCGAUACAAAUUCUGUGCCAGCCUCUCUCAGCAGCUGAAAAACCUGAAAGCCUGUCUGACACAGCAGGUGAGGGUGGAAGAACCUUCCCUGACCCAUGAGGACUCCAAACUGGCUGUGAGGAACUACUUCAACAGGAUCUCUCUCUACCUGAAGGAGAAGAAAUACAGCCCUUGUGCCUGGGAGGUGGUCAGAACAGAAAUGAUGGGAUUCCUCUCUUUCUCAGUAAUCUUGCAAGAACAAUUAAGGCAUAAGGAAUGA